AUGAAAUAUGACAUUGUCAUUCCAAUCAGUAAAUCUAGCAAAAAAUCACGGAAUCAAGGACACUUCACUUUCACAUUUCCCAAACCAUCCCAGCCAGGUAGAGAGGAGAGAUCAACACCUGCAGAACCACAGAUCACAGUUGCUAGACAUGACAAAGGAAAAUUAGAGGAAGAUCAGAAGACUGCUUCUAAAUGCAUAAGGCAUUCUUUAAGAGAAAGUUUCCAAAGUCCAAUUAUUUACUCAGCUGUCAAAAGAGAGGCUCCAUUCAGGUAUACUAAUUCUCCCAAAUCCCCUCCUAAAAAUGUACAAGCUAAGGCAUCUAGUAAUGACAUAAAAGAAACAGCUUUGGAGAAGAAUUUCGAAAGAAAAAUGAAUCUAUACACCACAAAUUCAGAGUCUGUGAAAACAAUGCAAGAUGAGAAAUGUAAAGAGAGUGCUAAAGCACUUAAAUCACCAUCAAAAACAUCACUUGAAAGUGAACAAUUUAAGGAAUUGAAGCCCAAAUCAGAAACAAACCAAGAAUCCAAAGUGCUUACGGUAGUCUCAGGAAAAGAUAAAAUUGAUAGUAGGAAAGAUUCAAACAAUUGCAAGGAGAAAGGUACUUUAUCCAUAUGUAUCAACAAGAAUCCAAAGAAAGAUGCUAAAAGCAGCUCAAAUAAUGGUUGUGAUGUCAAGUUAGAUACUCGUUCAAAUGAUAGUGUAAAUGUGAGUCUAUUGAUAGAUUUAGAGGACUUUGGUGGUAAAGCCAUAGAUUUUGACAUCCAGUUUAAAAAUUACUCACAAAAUAAUUCAAAGAAACCUGCAAAGAAAGAUGCAAAGAAACCUGCAAAGAAAGAUGACAAGAAGAAGGAUGCAAAGAAGGAUGCAGAGUCUACUGAUGCUGAAUCUGGAGACUCUAAGGAUCCAAAGAAAGAUGCAAAGAAACCUACAAAGAAAGAUGACAAGAAGAAGGAUGCAAAGAAGGAUGCAGAGUCUACUGACGCUGAAUCCGGAGACUCUAAGGAUCCAAAGAAAGAUGCAAAAAAGGAUGCAAAGAAAUCUACAAAGAAAGAUGACAAGAAGAAGGAUGCAAAGAAGGAUGCAGAGUCUACUGACGCUGAAUCCGGAGACGCUAAGGAUCCAAAGAAAGAUGCAAAGAAGGAUGCAAAGAAAUCUACAAAGAAAGAUGACAAGAAGAAGGAUGCAACAUCUACUGAUUCUGAGUCUGAAAAGGAUUCUAAGAAAGGAAAGAAAGGUGAGAAGGGUAAGAAAGAAUCAAAGAAAGAUGGCAAACCAAAGCCUGCUGUUUCAGAUUCCAAGUCUACCGAUGCUGAUUCUGAAUCUGAAGGAGAUUCAAAAAAGGGUAAAAAAGAUGACAAGAAGAAGGCUUCAAAGAAAGACGACAAAAAGGGUGCAAAGAGCACUCCAGCAUCUACUGAAACUGAAUCAGAAACAGAUUCUAAGAAAGGCAAAAAGGGUUCAAAGGAUAAGAAAGGUUCAAAGAAAGAAGCUAAGCAGGCUAUAAAGGACUCAGAGUCUACUGAUAUUGAAUCUGAUGUAUCUUCCAAGGCAGGACUCAAAAAGGCUGCACAGGCCAAAAGUUCAGAUGCUGAAUCUGAUGUCUCACUAGGUAAACCUGGGGCUAAAAAAAUAUCUGAUGAAUCAGAUGCUACAUCUGUGGAAUCAAAGAAGGGAGGAGGAGAGCUAAGAAGAGGACUCAGAAUGUCAUCCAAAAAAACAACUUUCAAACCAAAGGAGAAAAAACCCGUAGGUAGAGUGCCUCCAUCGAGAGAAAAACCACCACUUCCUCCUUGUGAGCCGUUGCAAUCAUCACCUAAGGUCAAACGUUUCUGUCUGUGCAAGCCGAUUCCUCCACCUCCAAAACCAAGAUAUGCUCCUCUGCCUGAAGCAGAGUGGAUUCGCAAGCUGCUUUAAAGGGCAACUGAGCACUUGGUUUCACAGACUGGCCUUAUCACAGUGAGCACUGUAGUACUCUCAAAAGAGCAUGUCAACUUCUGUGGAACUUUAAUAAAAACAGGUCUGCAAUGAG